UCGGCGUUGGACUCUUACCACCAUUCUGGUCCGCGAUGAGCCCUCCACAACGUCCUUUGCUUGUCUUACAGCCAUCUGUAAACACGACAACCGUGGUCACAACGACUACGACUACGACGACGUACGCGCCAAUACAUUUGCCUCCGCUGCCGCCUCCGUCUUCGCCCAAAGAUCCAAAGAAUUACCCUCUACUUCAUGCCACCCUUCCACAAUCUCUCCGACUCUUUCCUUUGACGUUUCCUGGAGGCUCACGCGCGACUUUUCGCGACGGUGAUGACGGUGAUCAUGAGAUGCAGGAAGAGCAGGAGCUCGCUUCGGGCAAUGGAUGGCGUAUGCUGAGACGCGAUGAAGAUGCAGAGCAAUCCACCGUCGUCGGUCUUGCCGAAGCUCUUGAGCGUUAUGGCAAAAAACGCUCGCAUGCUGGCGAAGGCAUGAUGGAAGGCGUGGAAUCCACCGCGGACAUGGAUUCAAGUCCACCGCCGCCCAGGAAAAAGGCAAGAUCGGGUGGACUACCUCCCAUCUCGACAAUGAAUGCUGCCGCGCCGCCUUCGCCCUUACCUUCACCUCAUGGUUCACCUCCCCCAGAGACAAUAUGGCCGUCAGCGCCGCCAAGUGGCACAUCCUCGCCAUUACCACAGGCGCCUCUCCAACCAGACCUGUCGUUAACCACUCUUCUUACUCUGCCCUCCCUGGUGACACAUUUCACAAGUCUACCUGCUCCCCUACAGUCUCAUUUCUUGUUGACUCUCCUCCGUCAUUCACCCCUACCUGUCCUGCGCACCUUGCAUUCCGUUUUGACGCCCACAUUAGCUCGUGAUUUCCUGACUCUCCUACCCGCAGAGCUCGUCUCUCUCAUUCUGAGUUUCCUCCCUUAUGAAGCGCUGGCUCGUGCUUCACGUGUAUCCAGGCCCUGGCAGGCUAUAAUAGACUCUGACCCCGUCCUUUGGCGUGACCUUCUCAAAACUACGAAUAUAUGGUUUGGUGGGGAGUCCGAAAAUGCAUUCGCCAAAGCUAUUCUUGCUCGUCGACAGCGAGAAUAUAACUCCAUGACCUCUGCAUUGCCCCUGCCCCAUCCUUACAAAAUACUAUUUAAGUCUCGCCAUUUAACCCGCACGCGAUGGGUUCAAAACUCUGAGCCCAAGCACAGAUCUUUCUUCGCCCAUGGUUCAUCUGUUGUCACAUGCUUGAUAUUUUCCCAUGGUCGUAUCAUUUCCGCCUCCGACGAUCAUUCUAUUCACGUGUACUGUCCUAUGACUGGCGAUCUCCUUCGUUCACUUGACGGGCAUGAAGGAGGUGUGUGGGCUCUGGCCGCAACUAAGGACAUUCUUGUUAGUGGGUCGACGGAUCGUACGGUUAGGAUUUGGAAUCUGACUACUGGUCGCUGUACGCACGUUUUUGGCGGUCAUACCAGCACUGUACGGUGCCUCGCCAUCGUAAAACCAGAGUGGGUAGACGUGGAACAAGAGUCUGGAGUCAUAACAAGGGAGAAGUGGCCCAAACGACCUGUCAUCGUCACAGGAAGUAGAGAUCACUCCUUGAGGGUUUGGACACUUCCGAAAGCAGGCGAACCCGAAUAUCGUUGCUACGGCUCAGACGAUGCUGACCUAGAUCCCGCGGAUGUCUGUGAUGCCGAAGAAAAUCCAUACCAUAGAUUACACCUCGAAGGUCAUGACCAAGCCGUACGAGCACUCGCUACUAGGGGACGUACCCUAGUUUCCGGAAGCUACGAUUGUAGUGUUCGUAUCUGGGAUAUAGUCACUGGACAGUGCAAAUUUGUUCUGACCGGGCACACUCAGAAAGUGUAUAGCGUCGUCCUUGAUCCAACACGCAAUCAAGCAUGCUCCGGUUCUAUGGACGGAACCGUCCGCGUAUGGAAUCUGCAGACGGGGCAGUGUCAGCAUACCCUGACCGGACAUACUUCGCUAGUUGGUCUUUUGGGAUUAUCGCCUUCCUAUCUGGUGUCUGCAGCCGCUGAUUCGACGCUACGUAUCUGGGAUCCGGACACUGGCGAGCUGAAGCACACUCUUGCCGCUCACACUGGAGCCAUCACUUGCUUCCAGCAUGACGAAUUCAAAGUCCUCAGCGGUUCCGAUGGGACGCUAAAGAUGUGGAAUGUUCGCGACGGUACUGUCGUAAGAGACUUGUUGACGGGAAUUACAGGAGUAUGGCAGGUGGUAUUUGAAGGCCGAUGGUGCGUUGCUGCAAGCAAUAGGAAUGACACUACGGUCCUGGAUGUUUGGGACUUUGGGAGGCCCGACGAUGAAGACUGGAUCGGGGAGCCUCCCAACUGGACAUAUGAUGAAGACUUCACUGACGAUGAAGAAGACGAGGGGGAGGGGAUAUUCAGCAUCCGGGGUGCUAGUGAGAUGGAUGAUGAAGAUGACGAGCAAGAGCAAGCCGAUGUAGAUGCUAUGGAUGAGGAUCUGAUACCCUCAGAGAGCGAGUCUGUGGGUGACAUUGAGAUUGACGACGAGCUGGACACUCACGCUACAUUCACCCGACGUCACCGUCAAGGUGCUGCUAAGGAAACCGAUGAAGGAGAUCUUGCCCAUGCGUCGGAUGAUGAAGAAGUGGACGGGGUCAGAGCCUCGAGGUGGGCGUCGGUGACUGCGACAAGCUCUUCUAGUAAAGUGCGCUUGUCGACCCGUCGUAGUGCGACCUCUUCUUCGGCUGUGAGCCACACAAACCUAUCGAACGAAGGAUCAAGCCGCUGCCGGGCACGAAUUCAUGGAACGCGACGACGAUGAUGACAGGUAUUCUUUCUUUUUCGUAUUCCCUAGAAUACCUUGGACUGCCGACACAGUAGGCUUGUUGGCUUGUCCAUAUAAUUUUGAUACAUAUAUCGUCUACUCGUUGGGAUUUUAGGUUCUAUCCGUUACCCUCAUUGCUCUUCACGUAAUGUACUGCUACCAUUGACCAGGAUCUCUCUCUGUUUUUUCUAUAUUUCAAUACCUCAAGAGGACGGUGUAUAGUGAUCUGACUACAAGAUCCCGGUAUUGAGAACGAAAUGGCUCGUAUACACGUGUUC